UAAAAUAAAAUACUAUUCUACGACUGAACGGCUGUUUCAUGCAACUAUAAAAUUUUGGUCUUUCUUCUGCAGUUUUUACAAGCUAAUUUCUAAUUUAUGACACUGUCGCGUAUUAAUUUUAAACUGUGCCAUGGCCAGAGAUCGGGAACUUUUUCAUCCAAAAAACAUACGCCAACAUCGCGCUGCGUUUGAUCGUGCAUACAGGUCAUCGGCGCAACAUUAUGACAAGGAAUAUUCCCCCCAACAGGACAUUGAAAAAGCGACAGUGUUCGAUUUGGUGUACAAAUAUCUGGGCAAAUGCGCCAAUCAGGACAUGAAGGGGAGACAACGGAACUGCGCGUGUAAUAAAUUCAAUAAGCGACACGCGAGAAAGAAAGACAUUCGUGGACGUGACUUGGCGACAAUUCAUACGAAUCUCGACGAAGAAAUUUCCGGUGACGAUAGCGAGCGCUUUCGAUCACGCACAAAUAAAAAUAUUCUUAAAAGAGUAUCUAGAAGCUCGUCGAAAGAAUGUAUCGCCGAUUAUACGAAAGCUGUCCGCGAUGGACGAAGACGUGCAAAAUUUUACAUACGGGAAGCACUUAUAUACGGUUUGCAAUCCGGAUUGUUAAUCCCGACCGAUUUACGAAAAAACAUGCUGCGUGUUUCACGAAAGAUAGGAGUUCUAUCAAGAAACGCGAAAAAAGACAAUAAAGAUCCAUCGAAUAUUGUGACUAGCGAUACUGAGUAUUCUGUGUAAGAUUGACAGACUUGAUCGUAAUAAAUUCAAUCAUCGAAAG